UCUCAAAUUUCUACGGUUUUCGUUCAUACAUUUUUGGCUGCGUUUGGCGCCAUAACCUUAAAAUAACACGAGCAAUCGCAUUAUCGCGAAUACAAAUAAUUACAAAUCAAAUCGCCUGCUUGUUUGUCUAAAGUGCGCCAAAUAAAAGUGAAAACGGAAUUACUGAAAAGUGAAAAAUUGUAUUUAUAUACUAAUUUGUAUGCGAAUAAUAAACCAACGCCGUCAUAACAACUAUUCGAGUACGCAAACGCAUUACAAUAUACCGUUGAACCCGUCGUUUAAGGUCGUCCGGAAGAACACUAUUCACUAAUAAGCACUUACAAAAAGAAAAAUGUUGAAAUCAAAGAUUUUAUCCAGUAUUUUGAGGAGUACUAAUUCUUCAAAGCAACUAUUUCGAAAUAAUUACACACAAGAAGCGCCACAACCCAUCAAAAUUGAAAAAACGAUAAAUAAAGUCACACUUUUGGGACGAGUUGGUGCAGAUCCGCAAAAACGAGGCACAGAAGAACAUCCAGUUGUUGUAUUUUCAUUGGCUACACACCAAAAUUAUAUCAACAAUAAUGAAGAAAGCACACAAAAGACUGACUGGCAUCGUAUUGUUGUAUUUCGACCUGGAUUGCGUGACACUGUCUAUAAUUACCUACAAAAAGGACAACGUGUACACAUUAGUGGGAGAUUAAUCUAUGGAGAUUUAAAAGACGAAUCUGGCACUACUCGAACAACUACAUCAAUUGCUGCUGAUGAUAUUAUAUUUUUUAAUUCAAAAAAUCAAACUAAUUAAUUUAACUAAAUUUAUUAAUAUUUGUUUAGUCUAUAAAAUCAUGCUCAUUGUGUGUUGCCUAUAAUUAAAAUUCCUAUAAAAAUAUUUUUUUGUUAUAAAAAAGUGAAGUAUAGUAUAACAUUUUUUUUUUACAUAAACAUACAACUAAUUACUAAGAAAAAAAAGUUGAAAUUAUGUUAGUUUUUAUGUAUCAUUUUUUCUAAAACAAACAUAACAAAGUGGAAUGUUGAAUGUAGUACAUUUGUUGCACUUAACAUUUUCAUAAAAUUAUUUCUGCUAUUCAUAGUAUGUUAUACCAGGGUGCUAUUUUUUUAUGAGAAUGUAAUGAUAUAUAAUUAAAAAAUAUUAAAACGUGCAGCAUUUUGUUAUAUAUACAUGGCAUUUAAUUUAUCUUGUUCUUAAUAUAUAAAAAGUACAUUAUCAUAUUAGACAUGAUAGUUCAUUAUUGUGAUGUAUUUAUGUUUAUGGUACUUAGGUAUUAAAUGUAUCACCUUAUAUAGUAUUUUUAAUGUAUGUGUAAAUAAAAUAUUUAUGCAAUGUAA